AGUCAAGAUAAAGUAGUUAUUUUCAUUAUCGUGGCCUAUCACCUUUCGGAACCACAGCAUAUAUCACUGUUCAGAUAUAAGUUAGUUAUUGUGAAGUGUUUACGUGUUUCUCAUAGGAUUACUAAGAUGACACUCCGGUGGGGUAUCGUGACAGCUGGGAGGAUCAGCCAUGAUUUCGUGAACGCGUUCAACUCGUAUCCGAACAAGGAAGACCAGGAAAUAGUUGCAGUGGCUGCCAGGAAUAAGAGCAGAGCUGCCGAUUUCGCUAAAACGCACGGCAUACCCAAAGUGUUUGACUCCUAUGAGGCAAUGGCUAAGAGUAGUGAUAUUGAUGUCGCCUACAUCGGUUCAUUGAAUUCGGAGCACUAUGAACUUUCAUUACUGUUUCUGGAAAACGGCAAACACGUAUUGUGCGAAAAACCAUUUUGUCUAAAUGCUAAACAAACCCGCAGUGUUAUUAGCCUUGCCAAGAAGAAGAACUUGUUUGUUAUGGAAGCUGUUUGGACUAGGUUCUCUCCAGCCUACAUAGAAUUGGAGAAAGACAUAAAGAAUGGAAAACUUGGUGACAUCAAGUUCAUUGAGGCCGACUUUGGGAUCGUUAGUCCGGAUGACAGAAGCACACAUAUAAAAGAAUUCGGCGGAGGUGCUAUACUCGAUGUAGGAGUAUACGUAUUGCAGCUGCCACAAUUUGUAUGGAAGCAAGAUCCUAAAAGGAUAACGACAGUCGGCAGCCUGUACGACUCUGGUGUAGACUUGGCAGAAACCAUUAUCCUGGAAUAUGAAGGUGGUAAGCGAGCUGUGCUUAACAUUCACACGCAGCAAGAGUUCUGGAACAAAGCCACUAUAUAUGGAACUAAGGGACGGGUUACGGGCUCAUCGAAUCGCCUCGCAUGACCCACGAUGAGAGUAUGGGUUUGGCUUUACUUGAAGAUAUUAUUCGGAGACAACUGGGUGUGCACUUUGAUGCUGAUGAUAAAGAAUACCCUUGGUGAUUCUCUCUUCAUAUGCGGAAACGGUUCAAGUCUACUAAAAAUACCACUGAAACUACCAUAACCUCAUAGCUAUUGAAUGGUAGACACUUACCUACUGUACAAUUUAUUUACGCACAAAAAUAGUAAUAUUCAUGAAGUCAUAAUGGAGCUCAAUAAUAUAUUAUUGUACAUUUACGUA